AAUUUCAGACAAAAUUAAUUUUAUGAUCGCUGUACCAGAGUAUACGAAAAUUGUCAUAGGAAUACCGUAUGCGGUAUACCUUAACGAAAUGGAAAUAUCCAUGCAUUACCAGCAUAUGAUGCGAGUAGAAAUAGCAAUUACAUUAGGAAUUGAAACACCUAGAACUAAUGAACCAUUCCAAAGUUUUGCACACUUUAAGUUGAAAGCCCUUGCAGAUCUUAGAAGAAGUCAAGUUAUUCCAGCUUUAGAAAAUAUAAUCAGACAUGUAUUAGCUGGGAUUUUACGUACAUCUUUAUCACAGAUGUGUCGUUUGUUAGCAGUAUACAUGAGUGCACGAUUUCCCACAUCAUACAUAAAAAGUCUUCGUGUUGACGACAUUGAUAAUACUUGUACCCUAUGGAAUGGAAGUAAAAACAUGAAAUACAGAAAAAAUGGACACAUAUGGGGUCAAAUAAGCUUAUCUAACAUACACAUUACAAUACAACCACUUAAGGAACUAUUAUUAAAACCAUUCGGACCAUAAUUUAGAUCAAUC